AUGAACAGUGCUACCAGUGAGACAACAACCAAUACUGGAGCUGCUGAGACAACUACCAGUACUGGAGCUGCUGAGACGAAAACAGUAGUCACCUCUUCAAUUUCAAGAUUCAAUCAUGCUGAAACACAGACGGCUUCCGCGACCGAUGUGAUUGGUCACAGCAGUAGUGUUGUUUCUGUAUCCGAAACUGGCAACACCAAGAGUCUAAUAACUUCCGGGUUAAGUACUAUGUCGCAACAGCCUCGUAGCACACCAGCAAGUAGCAUAAUAGGAUCUAGUACUGCCUCUUUAGAAAUCUCAACCUACGUUGGUAUUGCCAAUGGUCUGUUGACCAAUAAUGGCAUAAGUGUUUUUAUUUCCACCGUAUUGCUGGCAAUCGUAUGGUAA